GCACAAACUUUUCUCCCUCCCUCUCUUCCGAGGCUCUUGCAAGUCUCUAUACCCUCUCCCCCCUCUCUUUCUAUCUUUCUCGAAUCUUAGAUAGACUCGCGUCUCGCUCUGCCACUCAUUGCUCUCGACGUCUUAGAGCAUACCUGUCGUUUAAUCUGCUAAUUGCUAUAUCCCCACACGAUGAUCACGACACAAUCCUUCUCGGCUGCACUUUUACUCUCCCUUCCUCUUACAGCGCUCGCUGGCCUCCCUCAUCAAGGUUCUCUCCGCCGUUACCACUAUGACCAUGCGAAGAAGGCCGCUCUUUCUCGUCGCAAUGGACCGACGUUCAAGCUGGUAGAUGACUACAACAACCAGACGUUCUUUGACAUGUUCGACUUCUUCACUGACAAGGAUCCUACGAACGGUAUGGUCACUUUUGUUGGCAAGGAAGAGGCCCAGAAAAGUGGCCUGGGCUUCGUUCAGGACGACGGCACCAUUGUUCUUGGUGUCGACGACCAGACCGUUUUGCAACCUGGCCAAUUCCGCAAGUCACUCCACAUUAACUCGAAGAAGAAGUACGAUGCUGGCAACUUGUUCAUUGCUGAUUUCUGGUCCAUGCCCCAUGGCUGUGGCACUUGGCCCGCUUAUUGGACUGUUGGUGACCAAUGGCCUCAGAAUGGCGAGAUUGACAUUAUUGAGGGCGUGAACGAGAACACUUCCAACCAGAUCACCGCUCACACCGGCAGCUCGUGUGUCCUCCCUAACACUCUAGCCAAGACAGUCGGACGAGUCGUUGGCAACCAGUGCCAGACUAUCAACGGCGACAACCGUGGUUGCGCCUUUGUCACUGACGACAGCAUUACCUAUGGCCAUGGUUUCAACAUGCAAGGUGGUGGAGUCUACGCGCACAUUUGGACCACCGACGCGAUCAAGGUCUGGUUCUUCCCUCGCGGUCAAAUUCCUCAGGACAUCGCCGACGGUAACCCCAACCCCGACGGCUGGCCUACUCCUGCUGCUAUUUUCCCUGGCGGUGACCAAUGCGACCUUGCGCAGGGCUUCAAGCAGCACAACAUUGUGUUCGACAUCACGCUUUGUGGCGACUGGGCUGGCCCUGCAUACGCGGCCAGUGGCUGCCCUGGCACUUGUGCUCAGGCCGUCGCUGACCCUAGCAACUUUAAGGUUGCGAAGUUCAAGAUUGCCUCUCUUAAGGUCUAUAAACAGCAAUAGAGGAAGAAUACCACACUCCACUUGACUCGACCACAACGGUCCUUUCACUCCUUUUACCAGCAUCAUCAUCUUCUUCUUCUUUGGCAACACUCCCAAUCAACAUCAAUUCACUUGUAUUUCCCUCACAUCCAACUCCUCCAUACCACAUUAUAGAGAUACUUAAAGCGGGCAGCAGGGCUAGAUCUCCAAGUCAUCUCUAAUUGUUUUCUCAACUUCUCCAGCUAGAGCCUCUAGCGUUCCACUGGUGCUUUUCUUUGUUUUCUUACGACGUGGGUGGGGCGGCGCCCCUUCCCGGGUAUAUUUCUUGAUU